AUGACCAAUCAAGUGUUAGAAACAUACGAAUGCUCCAUUUUAAAGCCUCAUCCAGUCAAUACUAUUUAUUACCCUGCGGAUAUUACAUGGAAGUAUGUUUUGAGUUCUAAACCAUCAGGCUGUUUUGGAUCUACAAAAAAAUAUGUUGCUGUUCCCGAAUCAUAUUCCUAUCCCUAUUAUUAUUAUUAUGUAUAUUAUCGCCCAUAUACACUUGGAAAUAUCACGUUGAGUAUAAAAAAUGCGGAUAAAAGCAAAAAAAAAGUAAAUGAAUCAAAUGACCAAGAAAAAAAAGAAGAGUCAAAUGAUGAGAAUGGAACCAAAACUUCAAAAAAAAAUGAUGAAUGUAAUGAUAGAGAAAAUAAUACAAAAAAAUAUGUAUCAGUAUUAACCCCGCCUUAUUAUAUAGGCUCAUUAUUUUAUCCUACUGCUAUAUUUUAUCCUUAA